UGAGUGGGGUAGGUGUGUGUUGGCUGCAACCUUUACCCUAGCAGAGUGUGGGUGUGGGCGAGGGUGUGGGGGUCAGUGGGGGCUAUGGCGAUGUUGCAGGCUGCCCUGGGGCGCUGCGCCUGUGCCUUUUGGCUGGCGGUCGCCUUCGACGCGGUGGGACUGACGGUGCUGCUGCUCGGGGUCUUCGUCAACAUCUUCUUCUACGACUUCCUGAUCUACGCCGGCUCCAUCGUCAUCUUCAUGAGCUUGGUCUGGUGGAUCUUCUGGUACACGGGCAACAUCGAGGUGCCGCCCGGCGAGCUGGCGGACGACGUGGGCCUCCAGAAGGAGCCCCGGAGAGCGGGGCUGCUGAGCAGGUGGUCCAGCCGGAUCUCCCAAAGUUUCCGGAGCCGGGCGUGGGGGGGCAGUUGGCGCCGCGCUUUGCGCAGCGCAGGGAGCAGCAGCACCGCCGGCGGCGCGGUUCCAGCAAGCCCGCUCACCCUCCCCGGCUCCACGGGUGGGCACCUGAAGACCCUCUCCGAGUCCGUCAGCGCCGAGGUCCACUUCAGCCACCCGGAGGCGAUGACCACCGACACGGCGAACACGUCCAUCUAGCCGGAAUCCAUUACUAACCUCAAAAGGAUCACUACCCAAGUCUGUAAGCUGACUGUCAGGAUUCAAUUUUUUUAAUAUUACCACAACGUUUUUAAAGAGAAGGACUUAACAUUUUUGGCAAUGUCUUAGAAUUAUCUGCUAUUGUUCCUGUUUCGUCUCUGAAGAAUUAGGCUUGCUGAUCAACAAAUGUGUAUAUGUUCUUAAUCAUGAAUUAUUCCCCUGGUCUGGAUUGAUCAUCUUAAUUGCUGCUUUAAAAAUUAUAUUGCACUUAUUUGUAUUUAUUGGUUCGCUCUGGCAAAUUUGAUAAAAUGUAUUUUGCACAUGAAAAUGUAAUAAACAUUUUUGUAACUAUGGCGUCGCAAAUAAUCACAUUUUCUGCUAUGUUGUUUAAAUGGUUUGGGACUUACAGAAAUAUUAUGGUUUAAACUCAGCAAGACAGUGAGUGAGCUUAGCACACCAUAAAAAACCCAGUUAUACCUCAUUCAACAAGGUGUAACUUUGUCAAGAGUUUUUACAUUUAGACUAAUAGCAUAAAAGGGCAAGGAGACUUCAACAAUGCACCCUAAGGGGGAGCGUAGAAUCUCUGACAGCGACUUCUGGAUUUCCACACUACACUGUACAUGAUGUUGCUGUCACUUUCAGAGGAGCAAUGAUGGUGAACCCUAACAGUUUUGCUGUCUUUACUACUGCAAAGGUUAUGCCCAUAAUUAAUAAGUGUUAAACAGUUAUCCUAAUUUUGGCUUCUACAUAAUUGGCUUUCCAAUGAGAGAAAGUUGUCCUCACAUAUGAAAUCAAAGUCCUUAUAUUAUAUUCCCGUUAACUGAAUUGUUGUAUUCCCUUUGAGAAUUAUUUUAUAUGCUACGGUUAACUAUUUUGCUUCAUGCUCAUUACAUUUUAAAAAUAUAAGUUAAAUAUUAAUAUGAAUGCUAGAAUGGAUCCCUCAUAUAAAACAAAUGAUGCAACUGAAAUUGUCUAUGCUAACUUUGCAAUAGCUGACAGAAGCUUUACACAUGGCUUGUUCGGCAUCCACUGAUGCCUCCAUCCAUGACAGAUGCUCAGUCACACAAGUAUGAUCAAGCCUUGUUUAUAUCCAAGCUAUUACCUACAUAGAUCAAUUAUAUUCCGUCUUGACUCCCAGAACCACAUUACCAGCUUCAGUGUGUUCAUCAUUAACCCUGUCCAAUCAUAAUUUUUUUUAAAAAAGCUAAUGAAAGAGGUGUCCUAUU